GGGUUUGAGGAAGUUCCUCCCAGAUGGUAAUGGCUUGUUGCUUGAUUUGGCAAACCACCAUACAGAGCUGGAGCUGAAGGAAGGCCCUAAUAAUGUGGUAGAUAAGGUGAAGAAGAAGCAUGCAGAUGAGUAUUUUAGAGACGGGUGGAGGGGAAAGAAGAAGUCUCAUCCAUGGGAUUUGGAAUCCAAAGAAGAGAGGAGUAGCAAGCAAGCUGCUUUUUAUAAUGGAAUUACUGUGACAUCAGAGAUGUUUGAUCGGGUGUUGCUAUGUGGUCCAGAGGAAGAUGAAGAUGCUCUACGUGAAACCUGGCAAAAUGAAACAACCAAGACUCUGCAGCAGGAUGGUCAAUCAAAAGGAUCUGGAAAGUCCCAUGGUAGGACGAAGGGCGGAAAAAAGGAUUUGGUGGACUUCAGAAGUCUAUUGACUCUUUGUGCACAAGCAGUUGCAGCUGACGAUCGGACGAGCGCAAAUAAGCAACUGAGGCAGAUCAGACAGCAUGCUUCUUCAAUGGGUGACGGGAUGCAGAGACUGGCUCACUAUUUUGCCAACUCCCUUGAGGCACGCUUGUCUGGUUCCGGGGCCCAGAUGUACAAAGCCAUAACUACCAAACCAUCAGCUGCCAAUGUCUUGAAAAUUUACCACCUACUUAUUGUGGUGAGCCCCUUUGUGAAGGUCACUAAUUUCUUCUCAAAUAAGUCAAUUGCAGAAGUAGCUGAGAAAUCAGAGAGGCUCCAUGUUAUCGAUUUUGGCAUUCUCUAUGGUUUCUCAUGGCCUUCACUCAUACAACGUCUCUCAUCUAGACCAGGUGGGCCUCCCAAGCUUCGAAUUACUGGGAUUGAUCUUCCAGAACCCGGUUUCCGACCUGCAGAAAGGCUUGAAGAGACAGGGCGUCGGUUAGCAGAUUAUGCCAAGUGUUUCAAUGUUCCUUUUGAGUUCAACGCCCUAGCACAAAAGUUCGAAACGGUUCAAAUUGAGGAUCUCAAGCUAGACAAUGACGAGGUUCUUGCGGUGAGAUCCCGGUAUAGAUUUGGAAACCUCCCUGAUGAAACCGUGGUAGCAGAGAGUCCAAGAGAUAGUGUUCUGACCCUGAUCAGGAAAAUGAACCCAGAUAUUUUUAUACUUGCCAUUGUGAAUGCGGCCUGUGAUACCCCCUUCUUUAUGACUCGAUUCCGAGAGGCUCUUUUCCACUAUUCUGCGUUGUUCGAUAUGCUUGAGGAGAAUGUGCCCCACAACAUUUUGGAGAGAAUGCUGUUGGAGAGAGAAGUGUAUGGUCAAGAGAUAAUGAACAUCAUUGCAUGUGAGGGCUUAGAGAGGAUUGAGAGGCCAGAGACAUACAAGCAGUGGCAGGUUCGUAAUGAGAGGAUUGGGUUUAGGCAGCUCCCUUUGGACCGGGAGGUUGUUGAGGAGGCAAAGGAGUGGGUGAAAUCAUGCCUCCACAAGGAUUUUAUUAUCGAUGAAGAUGGGCAAUGGCUGAGGCUAGGGUGGAAGGGACGCAUUACUCAUGCCAUGUCUUCUUGGAAGCCUGCUUGUUAAAUUCACAUUCAUUACUACCUAUACAGGUCAUGUUGUUAUCCUUCUAGAAAUCCUGUUUAGAUGGUUUGUUGGGAUUAGAUGAAAUAAUGUGUUCCAUUUUAGG